UUUGUGCACGUGUGGCCACCUCUCGCGGCCUUCCCUCAAUCGGCCGCUGCUCCUUGCUGCAUCGUCGUUCCCGCACUGAGCUACCACCGUGCCGUCGGCCCUCCUUCUACCGCAACCACCCGCGGCCGCUACCUCCGCAGCCUUCCCGAUCCGCCUGGGGCGAGCCGCCAAGGUCGCUGCGUCCUCCAUCCCACACCGGCACGCAGCUGGGCUGGCCACCGCCGUCUCACCUCUGCGCUCGGGCCCAGUCGCCACAAGCCGCCGCGCCGCUCUUCCAUGGCCUCCGCAGACACGCUGCCGCUGUCUCCAUGCGGAUCCAUCCUCCGGGGCGCCGGAUUCGCCACCCCGAGCCGCCGCCGUCACCAGGUCCGGCGGAUCCGCGAUGUCCCCCUCCCGGGACACACGCCCACAGGAAGACCCCGCCGCCGCCAUCCUAGGGGCUGAUGCAGGCUUCCGGCAGGCCCCUCCAGCGGCGGCAAGGGGAGGGAAGGAGAGGAAGGGGGUGUCGGCGGCGGGGGUGCGCGGUCGCCGCCCAAGUCGCUUGAGCGGGGAUGACAUGGGCCGGUUAACUCAGUCAAUUACUUCAGAAUAGGGAACUGAAAGGCUCGUGAUCAGCAACCAAGGAUUCCAGAGCCUAAAGGAGUUCUCCUUCCAAGUGCUGAAUGGAAGAGUGGGGCUGGUGUUUGCACCGGGAGCUAUGCCAGAGGUCGAAACAUUUCGUAUAGAGUUUUAUGCAAGGAAAACAAGGCGCAACCAUGGCGUUGUGCCAAUUUCGGCCUUGAGCACCUUUCAGUUCUGAAGCGUGUCGUUGUUAAAAUUCAAUGUUGGGAUGCCACCGCGACAGAAGUUGAGUCCUUUGAUUCUGCUAUGAACAUGCUGUCCAUAUAUGCUGUCCAACGACGAUGAAACCCAGAUUUUUUUCAGUUCUCAAUCGUUGCAGAUCCAUAUACUGCAGCACAAGCAUUGGUGCAGCAAACACCUACCUUGCACGAACAGCACCACCAGCAUCCCUACUAGCACCGAUAUGGUGGGAGCGAUGGUGAGCGCCUCCACCGGGGCAAUGACCUCCCUCCUCGCCAAGCUCACCGGCCUACUCUCUGAGGAGUACACCAAGCAGAAGGGCGUCCGCCGCAAGAUCGAGAACCUCAGGGACGAGCUGGGGAGCAUGAACGCCUUGCUGGUCAAGCUGGCCGAUGUGGUCAUGUGGAGGGGCUUGACGGGCAGCUCAAGCAGUGGAGGAACAACGCGCGAGACCUCGCCUAUGACAUGGAAGACUGCAUCGACACCUUCAUGCACAAACUUGCCCGUGGGGAUGCCGAUCAACCGGGCAUCAUCAAGAAGAUGUCACGCAAGAUCAAGAAGCUCUGGGCGCGUCACCAGGUGGCAAACCAGAUCCAGGAACUUAGCGAUCGCGUCAAGGAUGUGAGCGAACGCCGGUCAAGGUAUAAGCUGGACGAGUGUAUUGUCAGGAGUGCAACGCCUGUGGCCAUCGACCCCCGAUUGCCGGUGCUACUUGCAGAGUCCAAGGGCCUCAUAGGCGUUGAUGGUCCACGGGACACGAUAACUGGGUGGUUGAUGGAUGGAGAGCCACAAUUGAAGGUGGUCUCUAUUGUAGGAUUUGGAGGACUAGGCAAGACCACGCUUGUCAUGGAGGUGUAUCGCUCACUUGGGGGGCAAUUCCACUACAAGGCCGCAGCAUCUGUAUCUCGUAACCUUGAUCUCAAGAAGCUUACUAAGGAUGCACUUUCCCAGCUUCUACAAGAGCAUGAGCGUGGACAAUUUGGCCGUCUGGAGGUUGAGCAAUUGAUACGCACUCUUAGGGAUUAUUUGCAAGAUAAGAAGUACUUGUAGUUACUACGUCCUUGUUA